CUUCUCGUAGCCUACAUGGGCCCGAAGUGGGGGCACUUUGGGCGUUGUUGGACAAGGCCAUAUAGUUAUAAAGUCCGGCCCGGCCCAUUUCCUCCGGACGCUUCUGUACACUCCCUCGCGGUUUGCUCCAGCAGGCGGAGCUUUCUAGCAAUGGAUACCGACGAAGAAGGGUCGCCGGCGCGCGCUUCCGUUUCAGUUCCCGUUCGACAAGCAGCUGGCUUCUCAGGUGAAGAUGGCGUGAGUGGAAUCUGGAGAAGGAUUUGCUGGCCAUGGUCACACGGAGGACUCAGAAAGAAGGUGGGGGGUGCUUCCUCGCUUCAAUUUGCAAGAGGCUGUGGAGGAUCUUUCCUGGGUAAAUGUAUAACAUCAUUAUGCUGGCAUCCUGAUGGCAAGGUUGUCUUGGGACUUGAAGAUGGUACAGGUUUACUGCAUGAUGUCGAAAAUGCUUCUGGAUGCUCUUUGGCAUUUGAAGAUCGCACUACUCGAUUCUUCCUUCUGGCUCCAAGAGUUCCUAUCAUGCUUGGACUAGUACCCGGAGAUGCUACUUUAACUGACGAUGUUCAAGAUUCAUUUGUAAAGCUCUCAAAUUCUUCAAAGCAAUGUUUCCAUAUCCUUUGCAAUGGAGAUAAAGAUGGGCGCUAGUGCUCCAGUAUAUUUGGUGUCUUUCUGAUCGGAAAAUAUUGUAAGCGUCCUCUCUAUUCAAAUUAAAUAUUUAGCAGUAUGGUUUAUCAGAUUUAGCCGAUAAGUCCUUGUUCUUGCUUCUCAUUCUGCAGUUUUUUUUAAUAAAUGGAUUUGAUGG